AUGACGCGAUCAAAGAGCCUUGCUGCUGCUGAAAUGAAGGCCCUUGAGGGCAAGAACGAAUCUCAAGACAGCCAGUACGUUCUGGACCAAUACAAGGCUCUGUAUGGGAUCGGCGUGGUACACGAGCAGCUCGCCUCCGAGGCCAGCAUCAACAUCGUCGCGACCCAACAGUCGAGGCUGCAGAAGCCGCCACGAGUCGCCCUCGACGGUCUACUCCGAUCCUCCAAGUCGCGCGACCAGUCAACCCAUUUCCAAAUCGGUACCGAGUACAGCGCCGCCAGCCACAGCCAGUCCUCGGUCGCGUUAAUUGCCGUUGACGCUACGGAUGCCGGCGGCCAAGAUCGCGGCCCAGAUCCCCAAACAACAUCUGCCUGCUCUGCUCCGAUUGAGUCCUCCGACGCAGCAAAUUUUCUCAGGCCGGCUUUGCCCACGAAAUCCCACGGCAACGCGGUAGAUUCCCAGCCCGACAUCGUCCCCGCACCAUGCGCCCCCGACGAAACCUCGCUGCCCAAGGAGAAAGUCAAUCUCUCGCCUAGAUCGUCGCAUCCGCCGUCCCGCAAGAAGAGAAAGAUGGACGUAUCGCAGCAAUCUCCGACCCAGGAGAAUGACGAAAGGGACUACGAGAACUACUUUGACGGCCCGUCCUUCGUCGAAACAAGCCCAAUCUCGCAAGACCCCACGAGCCAACAUCAUGCGAUCCACGAUGACGACUCGGGUGCCGUGCAUUUUGACCUUAGCCACCUGCAGAACGAGACACAAGUCGACGAAGAACCCUCAUCGAUACCCGAAGAUUCCGGCUUAGCCACAGGUCGAGGAAACUGGCGUAGAUCCAGCUCGCAGCAACACUCUUCCCUACAACGUCCCGAUGGCGAGUCCCCACUACCACCGACGGCGCCGCCGCCGCAGACUCCGGCUCAAAACCCCUUUGCCGGCAUGAAGAAGCUUGGUGAUCCAGCCUUAGUGGGAUCCCAGCUCUUCGGUCAGACACAAUUCUCGUCAGCCGUCAAACGAUUCAGCCCUACAUCCUCACGCCCAUCGCCACAUGGGUACAUACACAACUCCAUAUCACCAAACUUGGCAGAAACGUCGCCGCUUAAGAACCGAUUCAAUGUCACUUCGCCUUCCGAAAUGUUCCCUUCCAGUCCUCAGGCGAUCCGAAUUGAGCCUCUGCGAGCUGAGGAGCGGGAACGCAGCCCGAGCGACAGUGGCCAGCCCGACGAUGGCACGGUGCCAGAGUCUCCCCAGUACGCUCCUGUAAACAAGCGAGCGAGACCGGAGCCUAUGGAUAACUACGAGAACAUGCUGGAAUCUCAAAAGAGAAAGCUGAGCAUGGAGGCCGAAGAUAAUCUGUCGGGAGAGGACUCGGACGACGUGGCUGAUGCCCUGAGACGGCGUAGAAGGCUCGCCGCAUCGAAGCAAGAGGCCGCAUCCAAGGAGCUCACAAGCAUCAGCGUCGGAAGACGCAGUGAUCGUCGGUCGGUCGAAGUCCCCUCGACGACUAAGAAACCUAGAGAGAGACGACCGAGGCGAUAUCAAGCUCAACGCGCCGACAAAGAUUCGAAUGCAUCGGGUGACGACAACGAAGAACUCACAGUCGCAGAUUCGCAGGAUCAGGCUGGAGCGAAACAGUCAGCUUCUAGACCAUCUGGGGAUAAAGCAAAUCCGCGCGCAGUUCCACAGUCAGGCCUCGUGUCAAGCAACGAAGCAAUCCCCGACAGCACAGGUGCUACACAGAAGUCCAUCCCUAGCGGUGUGGUACCAGGUACCGAGAGUUCAGACAACAGCUCUCGGCCGAAAGAUAUCAUUCCGGAGACAAGUCCUACCAACACGCAGAGCCGUGCAGACGCCAAGGUUAGAGCGUCCUCGGAUGAGCCGUUGGUGGCGCCCAAACCGGAAGCCGUCAAGAACUCAGUCGACCCCGCUACUACUGAGAUGCAAGACCCUGAAGCUGAGAUUGAGGCUGAAGAAGUUCAACCCGAUACCUCUCCAGUCGCUCCCCUACAGCCAUCGCGAAGGUCUGGCCGCAAAUCACGCCCUACCCCCAAGGCGCAAGAUUUGAAUGAUACCGCGCGCACAGCCAAAGCUUCAGAGUACGUGAGUGCUGAGAUGCACUCCAGCGUUGACAAGGAAUCAGCCGAGGAAGCCGCGGCAGCACAGGAGAAGUCUGUCGUGGAAGACUUGCCAGCCUCGAGGUCUGUUCCUACUACGGAAGGUCGACCCUACAUACCUUCUUCCCCUCCAGUACCGAGAGGCUCAGUCAGAAAGAUGAGGGAGCCAGGUUUAUCAACACCGGACCAGGGUAACGGUGCCCCAGCACCUCAUGAACGAAACUCGCAUGCCGCACCCGAUCCCCCAGGCUCAACAUCGACGCUGAGUGUUCUCACGACAACACCCGUGCCGUCAGAUAAGACCUCGCCGGCAACUCAGGAGUCAGUAGAACUACCGCCUCUGUCUCCGCAGAAACCCACUCGCGGACGUCAAGCCACCAAGAGGUCGACCAAAGCCACAGCCAGUUCACGCGUGUCCAAACCCGGGACAAGAAGACAGAGCCGCAGGUCAAUGCGUUUAGACUCAGCUUCGACCGACGAACUGACCCGGUCGCCCUCCGUCACCGGCUUUGAGAACAGCAUCAUUCAGCCGCCGAAGUCAACUGCCCGUGGCAGUCGUCUUUCCAUGCUAUCGCAUACCUCCAAAGACGGCAACGGGCCCAAGAUGUUCGCUGGCAUGGCUUUUGCCAUAUCUUUCCAGUCAAAGAAGGAAGGAGAGAGAGCAGAUCAGUACGAGCACCGCCUGGGGCAAAGUCGCGACAUCGAGAAAAUGAUCGUCCAGUCCGGCGGCCAUCUGUUGAAGAAUGGGUUCGAUGAGUUAUUCGGGUCCAAUGCACUCAAGAGCAGGUCCACCAGUCCCGCAUCGGACGGCGCUGAAGACACUCCGUUGACCUUGACGCCUUGGGCCCAGACUAUGGGUUUCACGGCCUUGAUUGCCGACGGCCAUUCUCGGAAGGUUAAGUACAUGCAGGCUCUUGCUCUGGGACUGCCUUGCAUUUCGGAUCGGUGGGUGGCUACUUGUGUUGCUAAAGGAACCGUUGUGGACUGGCUUCCGUACCUGCUCUGUGCGGGGCAGUCAGCGUUCCUCCGCGACGCUGUGCGCUCUCGCAAUCUGGUUCCCUAUUCGGCCACUGAGGCGCAACUGAACGAUGUCAUCGAGGCGAGACCGAAGAUGCUGGAGGGAAGCAAGAUUCUGCUCGUAAUGAAGAAAUCCAGGGCCGAGGACAAGAAGAUGCCUUAUGUGUUCCUGGCGCACGUCUUGGGGGCUUCGCUUACGCGAACUUACAGCCAGGACGAAGCCAGGGACUUGCUCAAGCAGAAAGAGGAGCUCAACGAGCCAUUCGAUUGGGUGUAUGUGGAUGAGCAUACCGGGAAUGAAGAGGGUCUAUUCAGCUCUGCAGUCGCUGAAACCAAGCCGUCGAAGAAGAGGAAGAGGGCAGCGGUGCCGGUUAAGGAUGACGCCGGUCAACCACCAAAGAGGAUUCGGACUCUCAACGAUGAGCUUGUCAUCCAGAGUCUCAUUUUGGGUCGUAUGAUUGAAGAGGGAGAGCUUGAAGCAUGA